UACCCUGUCCUUCCUUCCCAGGAGACAUGAGCAGCAUGAGGUGGGAGAACCAGAGCAGCGUGUCCGAGUUCCUCCUCCUGGGGCUCCCCAUCCAUCCAGAGCAGCAGGGCCUGUUCUUCGCCCUGUUCCUGGGCAUGUACCUGACCACGGUGCUGGGGAACCUGCUCAUCAUCCUGCUCAUCAGGCUGGACUCGCGCCUCCACACCCCCAUGUACUUCUUCCUCAGCCACUUGGCCUUCACUGAUGUCUCCUUCUCAUCUGUCACUGUCCCAAAGUUGCUGUGGAACAUGCAGACUAAUCACAAGUCUAUCCCCUAUGCAGGGUGCCUUUCCCAGGCAUACUUUUUCUUAUUGUUUGCUUGUCUUGACAAUUUCCUUCUUGCAGUGAUGGCCUAUGACAGGUACGUGGCCAUCUGUCAGCCCCUCCACUACACCACCAUCAUGAGGCAGGAGCUGUGUGUCUCCUUAGUAGCAGGGUCCUGGUUAUUAUCCAGUCUUCACUCUCUGUUGCACACUCUGCUCUUGGCCCGACUGUCCUUCUGUGGUGACAAUACCAUCCCACACUUAUUCUGUGACCUCCCUACACUCCUGAAUUUGAGCUGCUCAGACAUCUCCCUCAAUGAGUUGGCCAUCUUCAUUGAGGGAGGAAUUCUCAUCCUCCUGCCUUUGAGUGGCAUCUUGGGCUCCUAUAUCCGCAUUUGGACCACUGUCCUGAGAGACCCCUCUGCUAAGAAAUUCCUCAAAGUCCUUUCAACCUGUGGCUCCCACCUCCUUGUUGUGUCUUUAUACUAUGGGACCAUUGGAGAAGUUUACUUUUUCUCCUCAUCGUCAACACCCAAUAAUAAAAAAGUAAUUGCCUCUGUGAUGUAUAUGAUCAUCACCCCCAUGCUGAACCCCUUCAUCUACAGCCUGAGAAACAGAGACAUGAAACGUGCCCUGGAAACAGUUGCUAACAGGGCUAGGUUCCUUAUGUCAAAUCACUCUAUCUGA